AUGGAGCAUAUAAAUCUAACCAUGGAAGUGGAUACUGGCCCUCAGUCCAGUCGCAGUUCCCUGAUCACCGAGUUCUCAGGUGAACUUCCAAUCCGAGCGCAGUUAUUCGAUGUGAGAGGGAUUAAGAUAGCUGGAUUUAUGGUCAACGAUCGACCUAUGGUCUGUUUGCCUCAGGUAAAUUUUCUCAAAAGCUUUGCAAUCUGUUUCUGUUUCUUCAGAUCUAUGAGAUUUUCUUGAAAGAAUUGGUCGGUGGCCUUCACACAAUCUACACAAAGCUGAAACGUCUGAAUAUUCAUCCUCUGGUAUGCAAUGUCGAGCAGGUCCGGGCAUUGAGAAUGGCUGGGGCCAUCCAAUGUGGUGUGAAUAGAUGCAAAUUGAUAGACUUGUCCGACCUCAGCACUUUGUUAAUGGAUUGUGAAGAUGCAAGGUAAGUUUUGUAUUACAGUACAUAAUUUUCCUCAGCACCCGCCCUGGGCGACCUCCGAAGAAAGUGGCUUCGAUCCCCGAGCUGCAUCCAGAAUCUCGGCAACUUUGUUCUUCUUCAUCGUCGAUGACUUCCUUCUCCAACAACAUGUCCUCCACCAUGUCUAAUCUCUCUUCUAAUAUGGGUUCCAACCUCUCCUCCAAUCACUCCUGCUCCCUCCAGAUUCUGAAUGAGCUUCUUCCCUUUAAUCAACCCACUUUUGUCGUCCAACAAAUGGUUGCAGCAGCUGUUGCGCAACAACUAAAUCAUCAGCAUUUAAAUAUUGCAUGUCCUUCUAAUGCCUCGUCAACUUCGUUCAAUCUUCAAGAUUUGAACUUUGCCCCUUCCUUGGAUGAAACUCAAAGUGGCCAAGAAAAGAGUGAAGAAUGGCUGAAGGCAGGAAAAGAUGACAAUAAAAUGAUGACAGAGCCCAUGGAAAAUAACGAGUACAAGCAAGAAGAACCCUCCAGUCAUGAAAGUUCUGAGGAAAAGGCUUUGGACGGCAGCGAUUCGUCAUUAAAGCCCUCAGGCAGAAAUUCGGAGACUGAUACCAGCUUUUACCGGGAGAAAUCGAGUUCCACGAAUGAUCAGGACAGUGGAUCUGGAGCCCAAAGCAGUACGUCACCUCGGAAUGAGAGAGAACAAGGGAAUGGAGUCCUUUCAAGUGUCGUCUCGUUGAUUGACACUGCUCAGAACUCGUUAAAGAAACAGAGUGAGAGUUUGACUGGUAAGUUUAACAUUAUUUUGAUUGAUGGUAUUGACGUUACAGAUCUCAUAGCCACUAUUCAUGGAGAGUUGAAGGAGUUUAGUCGACGGGAUCGAAUUUCGAGAAUGGAAAUUUACAUGGAGCGUCAGAAAGCGGGUCAGUUUAUACUCGUAAAGGCAGCCAUAAAAUUUGCUUAUUUCAAUUUCCAAAACGGAGAUGACCGAUAUAAUUUUAGAAAUAUUACGCAUAGUCGCGGCAAAAAGUCCUUGGAAUUUUCUGCGACUCUGCACAUGAACUCGAAAAAACAUUUUGCACCGUGCAUCCGGCCCAAAAAGUGAGCUUGCACAGUGCAUUUUUUUUGCCCUAAGCCGCGCGCGAUUCCUAUUUUUCGCAGCGACAAAUCACUUCUUCGGAGUACGACAGUGAAAAUGCAGUGCAGUGCCGCGGAAAUUCUGAAGACUUUUUGGAUGGAGAUACGAGGUUUCUGUUGUUUUCGGGGAAGCUGUAUAUUUUAUUAAAACCUUGUGUUUUCAGCUCAUUAUAUGCGUCGUUAUACGGCCCUCAAAUAUAUUCAUCACAAUCGUUGUCAUCAUCACAAAAAACAUCGUCAUAAAACGGAGGAAUCGACCCAGAAAGACGAGUAG